AUCAAAGUACAUGAAAAAUACGCUACGCCCGAUGAACGUACUCAGGGCCGUGAUUUUGUAGGGAUGCACCUUUUCCGAUGCCAUUCCUUUUCGCGCUGAUUCAAUGGUCAGAGCGACACUCUGUCCGCGUUAUCAGUGGAAUCAGCCGGCCGUGAAAAGUGGGUGAUAAGAGUGGCAUAGAAUCGAGCGGAAGGCGCCGCUACAACAUAGCAGUCCAGGACGGCUCGACACAUACUUGAGCGUCACUGCGCUUGAAAUUUCGCGCAAGACGACACGUGGACGUGCCAAUGUUCACGCCAUUUCCAUUGCAGACGUGCCUGGCAGGAAGUCGCCGGGAGAGAGUCGCACGUGAAACGUUUUUGCGCAGAAUGCUUGUUUUGGUGAUGUCAUUUAAUUUGCCCCACUGGCGCUCCGCGCGCGUAGUUCGCACUGCUGCUCUCCGCCGCCUUGGUGAUGGUGUGUGCCCAAGAUGGCGGCGACUUCGACGGUGGUAGUUACGGUGGUUUUGACGGCGGCGAAGGCGGCGACGGCGGAGGCUUCGGUGGGGGUUACGGAGGCGGCUUCGGAGGUGGUGACGACGGCUUUGUUGGUGGCGAGGGCGGAUACGAUGACGGCGCCUACGACGGAACGGCCAUGCAGCCCAUGUAUGCGGCGCCAGAGACCAUCACGGGGCCCGCGGUGGUGCUUCAGCGCAAGAGGCGCUCCCUCGCCGACGGGCCCACCGUGGUGGUUGCCGACUCGUCUGCUCACCGCCGAGUCAGGAGGGGCGGCUACGGCGUCGUAGGUCCGGUGCACACAUAUGUAAGGACGGACUACGACGGAAACUUCAAGUGGGGUGCCAGGCACCACGUCGGGAAGUCUUACGGUGGCGGCCAUGGAGGAGGGUAUGGGCACUACUAAGCCGGAACUGAGCCCGCGCCACCCUCUUAGUUCUUCAACGUCCACACUGUCUUGCUACUUCACACCUGUGACAGAGCGUGUCACGUGUCCAUUGUGCGUCACUGAAUGCAGCCUGCGCAGUAGAUUUUACCGGUUUAAUGUUUCGAUGCAGAAGGAAGUGACAUCACUGGGAAACAACCGACGAAACCAUCCUGCGGCCGUGCAGGCGAAGUCACCCACCAUUUGUACGGCUGUUUCUGUUGCAGGCACUCAGGGCGCUCACAAUUAAACCCGUUAAUGAAAUACUGCAACGAAUAUGCUCUUUUCACAAACUGGGUAAUAUUAGAUGGAUUCCUAAAUAAAUAAUUACCACCGACGAAAGCUGGACACGGCAAACGCGCC